AUGACGCCCUCUUGUGAUCAGGAGAAGGUGUCUGACUACGAGAUGAAACUGAUGGAUCUGGAUGUGGAGCAGCUUGGCAUUCCAGAGCAGGAAUACAGCUGUGUGGUGAAGAUGCCCUCUGGUGAAUUUGCCCGUAUCUGCAGGGAUCUGUCACAGAUUGGUGAUGCUGUCAUGAUCUCUUGUGCCAAGGAUGGUGUGAAGUUCUCUGCCAGCGGAGAGCUGGGCACAGGCAACAUCAAGCUCUCACAGACCAGCAAUGUUGACAAGGAGGAUGAAGCGGUGACAAUUGAGAUGAAUGAGCCGGUGCAGCUUAUUUUUGCUUUGAACUACCUGAACUUCUUCACCAAGGCCACUCCUCUGUCCAAGACAGUCACACUCAGCAUGUCCGCAGACAUUCCACUAGUGGUUGAGUACAAGAUUGCAGACAUGGGGCACGUCAAAUACUACCUAGCACCCAAGAUUGAUGAAGAAUCGUCCUAAAGCCAAGUACAAGACUGACGUCUGUCAUCUGCAGAAUUUCGUUCUGCAUAUCAGAAAUUAUUUCAAUAGAUGUUUUGGGAAAAUGCAUUUUACUACUCCGUGUCUGCUGUGGUUUCCAGUUCAAUGGAUUCACAAUUCUGUGACCAUCUAAGCCAUUUCGUAUGAUUGGUAGAUAAAUGGGCACAC